AUGAGUGUAGUUCUUUGCAUUUGUGAAUCCCUCUUCAAUUUCUCUUCAAUUGAGACAUGGACUGGAAGUAACUACAAGAAAUGGAAGCAAGAUGUGGAGAUUGUUCUUGGGUUCAUGGACUUGGAUUUAGCUCUACGGGAGGAUGAACCUGCAGCUCUUACAAAUGAAAGCAGUGAUGCACAUAGAAGGCAACAUGAAAAACAGCAUAAGGCUAACAGGAUGUCUCUUCUCAUUAUGAAGAGGGCUAUGACAGAAACAGUGAGAGGUGGUAUUCCGAGCAAUGAUAAGGAAAAAGCUUUCCUAGAGGUUAUUGGUGAGAAAUUCAAGGAGUCAAAGAAGGCUGAGAUGAGAAGUUUGAUGAAUGCCCUCACCAUUAUGAGAUAUGAUGGUGAAAGUAGUGCCAGGGAGUACAUUAUGAAACUCAUUGACAUUGCCAAUAAGCUCAAGGAUCUGGAAGUAACCAUCUAUGACCCUUUCCUCAUGCAUGUAGCUCUUAAUUCACUACCACCAAAGUUUGGACAACUGAAAGUUUCUUACAACACGCAAAAGGAGAAUUGGGAUCUUAAUGAGUUGAUCUCCAUGUGUGUACAAGAGGAGGAUAGACUGAAACGUGAUCAAAUGGAAGUUGUCAACCUUGUGCAUUCGACUUAUGGUAAGAAAAAUGGUGCAUCAGGUACUGGGAGCCAUUUCAUGCUUUUAAGUCUUCAAAUGCUUCUGCCAAAACUGCCCAACCACCACCUAAAGGGUCUCAAAACGUUAAAGUCAACAAAACUGAAAUUUUCAAAUGCUUUGUUUGCAAAAAGUGUUGUGAAUUAA